UCAAGAUGGCGGCGAAAUCCGAUGGCGGUGGCGUGGGGGUGGGCUUCGCCCAGCUGCACAACCUGGACGAGGCGGUGGGCAGCGGCGGCGAGGAGGACGGGGAGCCCGGGGGAGGCGGCUGCGGCGGCGGCGGCGACGGCAGCGAGCCCGGCGAGAGCAGCUCGCUGCACAUCUGCCACUGCUGCAACACUUCCUCGUGCUACUGGGGCUGCCGCUCCGCCUGCCUGCGCUCCCUCCUGGGCAAGACGCCGCGCCGCAGCGCCGCCGCCGCCGACGGGGGGGACCAGCCGCUGCAGCCGCCCGCGGCCGCCGGCCGCCACCCCCCGACGCCCUCGGCCGAGCGGCCGCAGCCGCCGCAGGUGGAGCGGCCGUGGCUCGACUGCCUGUGGAUCGUGCUGGCGCUGCUAGUCUUCUUCGGGGACGUGGGCACCGACCUGUGGCUUGCCCUCGACUACUACCGCAAGGGGGACUACGGCUACUUCGGGCUGACCCUCUUCUUCGUGCUGGUGCCGUCCCUGUUGGUGCAGAGCCUGAGCUUCCGCUGGUUCGUGCAGGACUACACGGGCGGCGGGCUGGGCGCCGUGGAGGGGCUCAGCAGCCGGGGCCCCCCCAUGAUGGGGGCCGUCUACGGCCAUGGCGCGGGGGUCCCGGCCACGCCGGGGGCGCAGCGCCUCUGCCGCCUCUCCGUGUGGAUCUGGCUGUCGGUCAUCCACCUGCUGCAGAUGGGGCAGGUGUGGAGGUAUAUCCGCACCAUGUACCUGGGGAUUCAGAGCCAGCGGCAGAAGGAACACCAGCGACGCUUCUACUGGGCUAUGAUGUACGAAUAUGCAGACGUUAACAUGCUGCGCCUCCUGGAGACCUUCCUGGAAAGCGCCCCCCAACUGGUGCUACAGCUCUGCAUAAUGAUCCAGAAGAGCCGCGCCGAGACGCUGCCCUGUGUCUCCUCUGUGACUUCCCUGAUGUCCCUGGCUUGGGUGCUAGCCUCCUAUCACAAGCUGCUGCGGGACUCCAGGGACGACAAGAAGAGUAUGAGCUACAGAGGGGCCGUCAUCCACCUCUUCUGGCGCCUCUUCACCAUCUCAUCCAGAGUUCUCUCUUUUGCCCUCUUUGCUUCCAUCUUCCAGCUCUACUUCGGGAUCUUCGUGGUGGUUCACUGGUGCGCCAUGGCCUUCUGGAUCAUCCAUGGCGGAACAGACUUCUGCAUGUCCAAGUGGGAGGAGAUCCUCUUCAACAUGGUGGUAGGGAUUGUGUACAUUUUCUGCUGGUUUAACGUCAAGGAAGGGCGGACUCGAUAUCGAAUGUUUGCAUAUUAUACGAUAGUCUUGACCGAGAAUGCUGCCUUGACGUUCCUUUGGUAUUUUUACAGAGACCCGGAGACCACUGACUCCUUUGCGGUGCCAGCACUGUGUUGUGUCUUUAUUAGCUUUGUGGCUGGGAUUGCAGUGAUGCUCUUAUAUUAUGGUGUGCUGCAUCCCACGGGGCCGCGAGCUAAGAUCUUGGUCAGCUCCUGUUGUGCCGAGCUGCUCUGGGGCAUCCCUUUGCCCCCCGAUGUUGAGCCCAUGGCGCCUCAGACCCCUGGGUACCGGGGGACCCAGGUCACGCCUACCAGAGCCGUAACGGAACAACAGGAGGAUCUCACGGCUGACACUUGCUUGCCCGUUUUCCAAGUGAGACCCAUGGGGCCCUCUACCCCGUUGGGGCGUCCUUACCACCCAGAAGGGCCCCUCAUUAAGAUUGACAUGCCAAGAAAGAGAUACCCAGCUUGGGAUGCUCAUUUUGUAGACAGGAGGUUGAGAAGGACUAUUAACAUUCUGCAGUAUGUCACCCCCGCCGCGGUAGGCAUUCGGUAUCGAGAUGGACCGCUCCUUUACGAGUUGCUACAGUAUGAGUCUUCACUCUAA